GAAGACCCCCCCUCCGGUCAAGCCCCCUCCCAUAAACCAGAGGCGAGAGAGAAGGGAGAGAAAUUCCGACGGGCCCCCCGCCUCUUCUCCGGCAUCUACCCCGCGUGGACGCUCCCUAGAGAGGACGGGAAGGGGGUCUCCCACCCGCGGCGAAGAGGGCCCCGAUCCUGGGGGGAAGGCCAGCCGGGGAGGGGGCGGGAGCGCAGGCGAGGGCCCGCCCCGUCCCCGCCCAGCCGGAGCAGCAGCGGAGCAGCCAGGAGCGCGAACGGCAGCAGGGCGCAGCGAGUCCAGCCCGGCCAGUACCAUGGGCCAUAAUACCUCACUGGAUACCCUGGAUCUAGCAGCCCUUUGGUGGGAUCUCUCCCCUUCCCCAACGCACCUUUGAUGGCGCCUGCUGGCUUGUAGGAUGCAUUUCCUUCCAUCCUUCUUCCUGGUACGUCAUCCUCACCUGGCUUCGCCAGAUGGUGACUCCACCUUCCAUCAUGAAUGAUGAACGUAGCCUGCAUAACAACGCGGUGGCCUGGUUGGUUUGCUCGGGGCUGUCGGUUCUCGCCAACGCCUGGGGGAUUCUCAGCGUGAGUGCCAAGCAGAAGAAAUGGAAGCCGCUGGAGUUCCUCAUUUGCACGCUGGCCGGCACGCACAUCCUUAACAUCGCCAUCCCCAUCACCAUGUACUCGGUCAUCCAGCUCCGCCGGGAGCGCUCCGGCUACGAGUGGAACGAGGGGCUGUGCAAAGUCUUCGUCUCCACCUUCUACACCUUGACCCUGGUCACCUGCUUCUCGGUCACCUCGCUCUCCUACCACCGGAUGUGGAUGGUCCGCUGGCCAGUCAAUUACAGGUUGAGCAACACAAAGAAGCAAGCCGUGCACACGGUCAUGGGGAUCUGGAUGGUGUCCUUCAUCCUCUCGACGCUGCCGGCGGUGGGCUGGCACGACACGGCCGAGCGCUUCUACGCCAGCGACUGCCGCUUCGUCGUGACGGAGAUCGGCCUGGGCUUCGGUGUCUGCUUCCUGCUCCUGAUCAGCGGGAGCGUCGUCAUGGGCAUGGUCUGUGCGGGGAUCUCCCUCUUCCAGACCUUCUUCAUCCAGACAGGGCACAACAUCGACAAGAACAAGUUCAACGUGCCCACCAUCGUGGUGGAGGACGCACAGGGCAAGCGCCGGUCGUCCAUUGACGGAUCCGAACCCAUUAAGACCUCGCUCCAGAUCACCUAUUUGAUCACUGGGAUCGUUUGCAUCUAUGACUUUCUGAUGGGCUUCCCCAUAUUGGUGGUGAGCUUUACCAGCUUGAAGUCGGACGUGGCCUACGACUGGAUGGUGCUGUGCAUGCUCUGGUGCUCGGUCAUCCAGUCUCUCCUCCUGCCUCUCUUCCUCUGGGCCUGUGACCGCUACCGGGCUGACCUCAAAUCCGUCUGGGAGAAGUGCGUGGCCAUCAUGUCCAACGACGACGCGGAAGAAGAAAACAGCCUUGAAGGGGCCAUCCACACUGAGUUGAUGUACGAAAGGGCCUACGAUUACAACUUCUCCAGGGAUUCUUUGACCUUGGACCAUUUGACCAAGUAUGACCUGUCAGCUCUGGAGCGGGGCCUCCCCAGCUAUCCCGUGAAGACUCCACCAGAGGACAAAAUGCAGUAUCUCCAGGUCCCGCCCACAAGGCGAUUUUCCCACGAUGAAACAGACAUCUGGACAACUGGUCAGAUUUCUGCCUACCUUCAGCGUUGGGGAGCGGGUGAAGACGUGGCUUCUGGCCUGGCCCACUUGCUCAUCCCUCGGCACGGCCACGACUGGCGGAGGAGCAGCCUCGUCUCCUACCCGGAGGAAGGACGGCAACACCGCAAGCGCAGGAAGUCUGCCGAGAGCGUGCUGGCCCUGCGACCCUUCUCCUGUGAGGACUUCUACAAGGAAGGGGGCGGCUACAAAUGCUUCGGCAAGGAGGAGGUGGUCAGUUUCAUCGAUGACCCGAUGCCCAGCCCCAGGAAUGCCCCCAUGCGCUCCGCUUCUGUUUCCCUCAUCCCGGACGCCCUCCAGCACUGCUCAGAUGCGGCAGCCCUCGCCCGCUUCCCCUUGACUGAUUUUGAGCGGGAGCCCCAGGUGUUGCGCCGUUUCUCGGGACGGGGCGGCUCGCUGACGGUGCCUAGGCAGUUCAUGGUGCACGAGGAUGCCAAGAACCUCUUCCCCAAAGGGAGCGACGACCCCUCGUGCUUUGAGCAGAUCCGCAUUGAGCUGUGCGAGGCCCAGACGCCGGAGGACCGCGGGGUGAGCAGCAGCCGUUCGGAGCCCGAGGGCUUUCGGACAGGUCUCAGUCCCUAUUGGGGGCUCCAAGGGGACCUACGGGGAAACAGUAGCAAAGGAGGCAGCACGAGCAGCUUUUUGAGUUCGCCUUCUGCCUCCUCCGGGUACGUGACGUUCCACUCGGGUUCCAUUGGCUCGGCCUCCUAGAGCCGACGCUGCACGAGACCUUUGUGCUUACUGUCGGGACGGUUCGGUUUCUCACGACAGCUCUUCCCUCUUCUUGCGAUCCGGAUUUUGUCGCCGGGGACUGGGCGAAGCACCAAAGAAGGCCUACUGUGCCGGUCUCUCACACACUAGAGGAGGAGGCGACGCGAGAGAGGGAGAAGGCAGGCAAAAGGAGGAGGCGAUGCGAGAGAGGGAGAAGGCAGGCCGAGAUGCUUCCGGGAAGCAAUCGUUCAUCCCAGACGGGUUGAAAUCCACGUCUGUCGGCCAGAAUGACACCUCAGCCCUCUUCGUUCCUGCCUGGUGUGGAGGAGAACCCCAGAGGGAGGAGCAGCAUGCUUCUUUCUCCUCCGGCCGGUGGCGUGAGCUGAACAUCCAAGGCUCAUCAGGAAUUUUCGGGGUUCCUUUUUUAAAUAGCCCUGCCUUUUAUCCUCCCGGUACUUUCUAAAUAGGUGUGAAAUUGUGCAUGAAUUUCUCUGUAUCCAACAAUGUUGCAAUGCAUUUCUGGCUAAGGCUGUUGUUACCAAAAGCAGGGGUUUCCUCUUAACGCUGGGGCAAGGGAUUCGCUGGGGGAGGGGCGGUGUUUUCGUUUCUCAGCGUGGCUGUUUAAAGGGGGGGGGCGAAACAAAGGAGCCGGGGACCCCCUCACCAAGGAUUUGUGCAUGCUAUUUGCCAGCGAGAGCCCCACAGAGGACUCAAAGUUGGGUCCUUGUUUUUAAAAAAACGCCAGGUUGGUUAUUUCCAGGAGAGAGGAAUGGCUUGUAGGGUGACACCGCUGUGGGGAAAAAUCUGAGGGUGCAGCCUCAGUGGGGACAAGCAGAUUCUUUGCCCUACUUCUCUAUGUUGUUCAGACCCAGCUGGUUUCUUUGGGUUGCUGGGAAAUACCUGGAAAUUUUGGGGGCGGAGCCUGCGUAGGGCGGGGAGGGACUUCAGUGAGGAAUAAUGCCAACAGAGACCACCCACCAAAGGCACCAUUUUCUCCAGGUAAACUGUUCCCUGUCACCUGGAGACUACCUGAGAUAGCAGGAAAUCUCCAGCUACCAGCUCCAGCACCACAUGAUGGCCAGGACACGUUCCCCCGUCACCCACGUGAAAUCCACUGCCACCUUCCUUCUAUAUAUGCUACCAAAGCCCUGUGUCCCCAAGCAAGUUCUUGGGUACCGCCCAGUCUUCCCUCUGACCUGGCUUGUGGGUUGCCACCGGCAGUCGAUCCCAGGCCAAGGAAGAUUUCUCCUUGCCUCACUUCCGGGCAACUGCAGCCAGAAUUGGACACGAAGCCCGCCGUUUUUAACCCGGGUCAGGCUCAGGGUGACGAACAGCUUUAAAAAUGGAUAUCGAUCAAAUAAUGCAGACCCAAUUUCAAUCAAUCAAUCAAUCAAUCAAUCAAUCAAUCAAUCAAUCAAUCAAUCAAUCAAUCAAUCAAUCAAUCAUUUACAGUCAACGACCAGUACAACAAAACAAGUAUGCAUCAAUUUCACAGUACCAUUAGCAUAAACUAUAUGUGUACGAUUUAAAAGUCACUGCGACGAAUGGUUACAAGUAUCCGUCGGUGUUUUGCUUGCCCUUAUUUCCACGCAUGGUUUGGCUAACAGAGCCACAACUGCGGGGCUAGAGAAGCAGAAACUGAGCUAGAUUGGAACCUUUCCUGGAGAGCUCGGCACGCAAGGCGCUUAUUGUUAUCGGCACUACUUUGGGAUCCCAGCAAACGUUUGCAUUUGCUCAGCAUGUUUGUUUCUCUGCUGGCGGGGGAGGACACCUGCGGGGGCCCUUUUGGCAGCGAAGUGCCUCAGCCAGUGUUGAUGCGGCCGGGGUUUAGAGGCGCAGCCUUUCCAGCUGACUGGAACCCAGCUGGUUCUCUCCUCUUUGGAGUCAGCAUAUGGCAAAUUAGAAAAUGGAAUUUCCUGGCAGAAUCCCUCCUUGUCCGCCCCUGCGUCUUGAUAGUGGAGGAAGAGGCUGUUUGGGAUUAAUAGAAAUGCAGGGAACUGGAAAGAGGGGAAGGUGGCUCCGUUGACAUUGCAACGCAAAGGAUUAAGCUAAGCAUCUUGUGCUCUAGAGCAGGAGUCCUCAGUCCUCAGGUUGGUACCCUUGUGGUUGCCAUGGAGUCUCCCCAGUUGGGCUUUGAUCCCCCGAGAGGCCAUCAUAUAUUUUGCACUUUCUGGAAGGAGUGUUCACUUGCAGAGACAGGUGCCCCAGAAGCAGAGGCGUAUCUAGGGAAAAUGUAGCCCGGUGCAAAAUCUGAGUUCCCGCCCCCCUCCUGCUGUACGGGCGGCUGCCCUCCCCCACCACAACCAAACAAUUUUUUUUGCA